CAAGCAUGCACAUCACACCACACGUACACACACGUCGUCGCUGUCAUUCUCACGCAGUUGACCAGUCACACGACGAUUUAGUGGCGGGUUGUGUGAUCCUGAUAUUGUGGCUGCGUUCCCUGUUGGCCUAAGCCUGGCUAGGGCUCAACUUUGGAAUUUAUCGAUCAUUGGAUUUUGUUGUGGUGGCUGUGGUCCGGUUUUUGUUUAAUUAGAAUCUAGGGCCUAUACAGUCUAAAACGAUGCAACCCCCACCAAGAAAGGUAAAAAUAACCCAAGUGCUUCGCAAUGUUCAAAAUGAGCAGUUAUCAAAGAUCCAUGCAAAACACCAAGCAGACUUAGAUAUCUUGGAUGAUGUCAGGGAGUUUGCAAAACAACGAUCAAUCAUAGAAAAGAUAUAUGCCCAGAGUUUACAGAAAUUAGUUGCACAAUUUCAACAGAAACGAGAAGGUUGCAAAGAGCCCGAGCUUCCAGAUGAUAACAGAGAGCACAGGACAAUUGCUACAGUAUGGAAGAACCUCCUGAAUGAGAUGGACAAGGUUGCUAAGCUACGUCUAACAUCGGCAGAAACUUACAUUUCACAAGUGGCGGAGAGGGCAAAGGCUGAGAGUAGGGCUAAAGUGCAACGAAUGAAACGUGUUGAGGAAAUAAUGACUCUGAACCAUGAAGAAAUGUACAAUACAGUCCAUGAGAUGACCAAAGCAAAGAAGAAUUACAUAGAAUGUGAAAGGAUUGCACAAGAUGUUAAAGAAAAAGCAGCUGAGGCAGAAAAUAAAUUGAAAAAGGGUACAGUUAGAUUCUACCAGUCCCGCUCAGCACUAGAGAAAGGCAACGCCAAGUUGGCGAGUCGUAGGGAUGCUUGCGAAAAACGUUCCUGCCUUGCAAGAAACGAAUACCUGUUGGCGCUGGGGGCAGCCAAUGCCCAUCAGCUCCGAUACCACACUGUCGACCUUAGGGAAUUGCUGAGCGUUUUGGAUGGUGAUAUUUACAAGAAGUUUAAAAACUAUCUCUCUGUUUUAAGUACUACAGAAGUUGAGACAAAUGUCUUUAGUAGAACAUGUUUCGAAAGAGUAAUAGUUGACACGGAAAUGAUUGAUCGUGAAUACCAAUUGAAAGUUUUCCUUCAAGACAAUCAUGUGUUCACAAAAAUGUUACAAUAUCACUUUGAUCCGGUGGAAAAUGACACUAUUAAUUCUGUGGUCAUAGACGACACGCAAGCUUUGUACCUAGAAAGGGAGGCAAGAAAAUGGGCAACGAAUAUCGCACACGAUUCCAAGACAAUAGACGACAUAAAGAAAAUGAUAGACAAUCUUCAGAAAAUUGACGGAGCUCAGAAGGAACUGAAUCGACAGGGCUCGUCUGAAAGUGUCUCAAACAGCGGUAAAGAUGGUUUAUGGAAAAUGUAUGAUCUGAAAGAAGCGCUGAGAAAGGCCGAAACAUCAAAGGUUAAAGCUGAUGCUAAGCUAGAAAUUGUACGAGGUGCUGGAGUGGAUGUUGAUCAAUGGUUAACUAGUGCAUUUGAAGCUGUAGCCAAAGAGGCUGAAGCGGAGGCACAGGCCAGAUUGCAGAGCAUAGCAAGCAGUCCUGGGGAGGCUGAUUCUACGUUUGAUGACAGUUUUUGGACAAACAACAACGAAUCACAACAUGGGCAUACUUCAAGUUUACUUUCCCACGAUGCACCUAAAUCAUUUAGGUGUUCUGCGCUCUAUUCCUAUGAGGCCCAAAGAGAUGAUGAAUUAACAAUUCAUGAAUUGGAAGAUUUGAAUAUAUUGGAAGAUUCUGAAGGGGAUGGGUGGAUAAAGGCUCAAAACUUGUCAGGUGCAAUAGGUUACAUACCCGAGUCAUAUAUUAUUAAGAAUACGCCCUCUACAGACAAACCUAAGGACAGUUAUUCCAUUUUAUCUUCAUCUCAAAUUGUCCCAUCCUCAUCGUCCUCAUCGCUGGCCGCUGAUACUGAAGUACAAGGUCUUACACAUAAAAACACGCUGCGGAAAUCAGUAUGCAUGGUGAAAGCUGUAUUUGACUACACUGGAGAGUCUGCGGAGGAAUUGUCAUUCCAAGAGGGCGCUAUUAUCAAAGUCAUUCGGAAGGAUGAGAAUGGAGUGGACGAUGGUUUCUGGGAAGGGGAAAUAAAUGGACAUGUUGGGGUUUUUCCAUCUCUGCUUGUUGAAGAAAUAGGCGGCUCGGAUGGUUCCCAGUCUUCAGAGAGCCCAGAGCCAAUAUUUGCGCCUCCUGAGUUUGAGCCUCCAAAUCUACCCUUACCGCCAUCACCACAAUUACCGCAGGAAGUGCCAAACGACAUCUAUACCGAGAUUGAUCACUCUACUGCUACAGAAUCAAUUACAAGUUCUAGUCCAACAAUUUCAAGCCCGCCAAGUCUCUACCCAACACCAAGACCUGUUAUUCUUAAACCCGUCCGAGCAGCACCACCGCCACCAAAACCUAAGAAGCAAAGCAGCAUCGAAUCUCCACCUCCGCCGCCACCAUCCUCAUCUCCUCCAUAUUUGGAUGAAGAUGAUUUUCCCCCUCCUCCUGUCGAACUGAUGUAUGAUGAUGGCGUCAUUUCUGAAAUUUGAUGCAAAUAUAUUGCUCUUCUCUUUAUUGUUAAAUGAGGACUGCUGCACAUAUGAAUAUGAAAAAACAGAUUUAUGAAUGUAAGAGGCCCCACGCAAAUGCAACACAUCGCGCCAAAAUGAACCAAGAAAUACCGGCAUACGUCUAAAGAUUUACCAUUUACCUACAGGAGUGCACACAUGAGUGUGCAGCGCACAAACCAGAACCUUGUGCGUGAACGUGCAGGAAACGAACAUGCUGGCUUCACGUAUAAGUGCUGAUCAAUCUCACGAUAGUCAAAUCAACAGCCAACAAUCAGAAUCAUUUUUAUAGAACUGCCAUUUAAUAUAUUUUCUUACUGUCUCUAACAGGACAUCGAUUUUUAUAAAAAUUAAAUAAAUAUUAGUAUGACACUGUUUUACAAGGUUGAUUGAAAAUGGACAGGUUUGUUUUAGAUAACAGGGUUUAAAAAAAGGACAACUUUCAGAUUUACAACAUUUGCAAGAUAAUUGUAAAGUAAGUUAGUAAAAAACAAUAGCUGUCACUUGAUCUUAUUUACAUAUGUGAGUGUCACAUGGGUAGUAAAAAAAAAAUAGCUGUCACUUGAUCUUAUUUACAUAUGCGAGUGUCACAUGGGUUGCAACUCUCCUGCAAAUGGAUACGGCCUCUAGCACUUCCACAAGCAAGCAAGAAUGUCCCAGAAAAAUAAAUCCCACAGAUGUAUUAUUUUACAUGUUCUUACUACUUUUAAAGUAUUUGUCAAUUGUUUCACGGAAGUAUGUGGUGAUGGGUGUCACCAUGUCACGUGCAGCAAAAUAAAAUUAAAUAUGCUAUUAAGAAAGCUCAUUUAAACAAGAUCUCCCAGAGGAGACUUCUGCCAACUUGCGACACAUGGUUGAGAACUCACUUCUUUCAACUUGACCUUAUUUGCAUAUUUGUGUGUCGCUGCAUUAAAGUGGGGCAGAAAGAAAUAGACAGUGGAUAUUUUGUAGAAUUCCUUUUCACAAAAUAUUGUCAUUAAGAUUAGCAAAGGCACAAUUAAGAAAAAAAUCAUAAAAAUCAACACACCUCCAAAAAGUUAAAAUAUAUUAAAAAAUUUGCUUUUUAUUACAAAAACAUUUUAUAAACAAUAACAGUAAUAUUUUGUGGCAGUAAAGAUAUGGAAAUUAAUACUGUGUUAAUUGCUUUGUGGGAUUGUAUUAGUCUCAGUGAGAAAUGAAAAAAAGGGUAUGAAAAAGAUAUGUUCAUUAUUUCGAAGGACUGUAAUUUGAAUAUAGGACAGUUUUGUGGACAUUUUUAAAAAUCUGCAUUGAAAAUAAAUUUUCAUACAUAUGUAUAUAAUUAGUACAUUGUUUAGGAGUAUGAUUGUAAAACUUUGUUAAUAAGGAAUGUCAUUGUAUAAAAAAUAUCCUAUUUGAAGAAUCUCAGCACCUGAUGAACGAUUUCUGAUAGUUGGGAAAAUGGAGUGAAAAAGUGGAAGGGAGAAAGAGAGGAAAUAAGGGUAAGGAACAUGGGGAUGUAAUUUUAGAAUUUGAAUCCAUAAAUGUUUAAGUUAUGGCUAAAUGUUGGUAUGGGAAUCAGUUAUUUUACAAUUAUAAGAAGGUGGGGAGGGGAUCUGUUGGGGUUGAGAACCUGCUCUAUUCUUUUCUUGGAUGAGCAAAUGAGUUAUACAUUUAUAAUGAUAUUUCAUCAACAUUAGCGUAUGUGCAUUCUUCUAAAAAUGAUCAUAAAAAUGACAACAUAUUUUGAAGGUAGAACAGUGACAGAAAGUGCUAUAUUUUUUUUUUCAUAUUUGCUGGUGAUAAAAAUAUUAAAUGUAUAUAGGUGAAUAUUAA